AUGAAGCACAUUGACAGCGGCCCUUCAACCCAGGGCAAAUUCAAGAUGGAUAAAACAGCGUACAAUCGGCUAAGGCCGCAUUCAUCCCUUGCCAAGCUCACAUUCUGGUCCUUGAUGUUCCUCGGCUUGAUCUUCGUCUUUUUCUGCAAGUCGCCGUCGUCCUCCUCCUCAUCGCCCUCAGAUCUCUCCAGAAGAUCCCUCCGCACCAGCAUCUACGCCGGCCCCAAGUUCGAGAAGCGCGUCCGGGACUCCGCUCGCGUCCGGUCCGGAAACGGGAUCUCCGUCCUCGUCACCGGCGCUGCAGGCUUCGUCGGCACCCACGUCUCCGCCGCCCUCCGCCGCCGCGGAGACGGCGUCGUGGGCCUCGACAAUUUCAACGACUACUACGACCCCGCCCUGAAAAGGGACCGGCAGGCCCUGCUCGAGCGCAGCGGGAUUUACGUCGUCGAGGGCGACAUUAAUGAUUCCGAUUUACUGACCAAGCUGUUCGACAUCGUCAAGUUCACCCACGUCAUGCAUCUGGCAGCGCAGGCCGGCGUGCGCUACGCCAUGGAAAACCCUAGCUCGUACGUCCACAGCAACAUAGCGGGCCUCGUCAGCCUCCUCGAGGUUUGCAAGAGCGCCAACCCUCAGCCCGCGAUUGUGUGGGCCUCGAGCAGCUCGGUCUACGGGCUCAAUACGAAGGUCCCGUUCUCCGAAAAGGACAGAACCGACCAGCCCGCCAGCCUGUAUGCUGCUACCAAGAAGGCCGGUGAGGAGAUUGCACACACGUACAAUCACAUUUACGGGCUCUCGCUGACUGGAUUGAGGUUCUUCACGGUGUACGGGCCUUGGGGCAGGCCCGACAUGGCAUACUUCUUCUUUACCAAGGAUAUACUCAAGGGGAAGUCAAUUCCCAUCUUUGAGGCAGCUAAUCAUGGCACUGUGGCUAGAGACUUUACCUACAUUGAGGACAUCGUCAAGGGUUGUUUGGCCGCGUUGGAUACGGCCAAGAAGAGUACAGGCAGCGGGGGAAAGAAGAAGGGCCCGGCCCAAUUGAGGGUUUACAACUUGGGUAAUACAUCGCCUGUACCCGUGUCGAACCUUGUCAGCAUUUUGGAGAAGCUGCUUAAGGUGAAGGCCAAAAGGUUGAUCACGAAGCUGCCGAGGAAUGGUGAUGUGCAGUUUACACAUGCGAAUAUAAGCUUGGCCCAGAGGGAGCUCGGGUAUAAGCCCUCAACCGAUUUGCAGAUGGGCUUAAAGAAAUUCGUUCAGUGGUACUUGGGUUACUAUGUGAACGGGAAGAAAAGCUCACAGUGA